AUGCUGGACGUGUUGGGGGUGGUCUACAUCAUCGGCCCUCUCUCCGUGCUCGUAGCGUUCGUGGAUGACAACCAUCGCUCAAUCUACCGGAAGCUGCUGAUAGUCUUACUCUACGUCGUAUGGGCUUCCGACACCGGCGCAUACCUCGUGGGCAAGACACUCGCGUAUUUCAACUACCAGCACUGCUAUCCACUAGACCCUCACUUGUCCAAGAACAAAGACUACGAAGGCACUUUAGGCGCCAUCGUCUUCGGAGUCGUUGCCAUGGCCGCAGCAUCCGAGAUCCUGGACCUGCCGGGAUCAAUCGGCACCAAAGUGGGCUGCACUGUCUUGGCAGUGAUCUUCGGUCGACUGGGAGACCUCUUCGAGAGUCUGCUGAAGCGAGCAGCCCGCGUCAAGGACUCCGGGUCACUCAUCCCGGGCCACGGCGGCGUGCUCGACCGCAUCGACGCCCUCAUGUUUGCCAACAUCGUCUUCUCCCGCUACUACGGACUGCGCUUCUGA